AUGGCCUCGGAGCUGGGCGCCAGGGAGGAUGGCAGCUGCUCAGAGCUGGCAAAACCCCUCUAUCUGCAAUAUCUGGAGAAAGCUCUGCAAUUGGAUCAGUUUUUACGACAGACGUCUGCCAUCUUUAACAGGAGUAUAUCCAGUGAUGAAAGUGAGGAUGGAUUGGAUGACAAUCCUUUGCUGCCUCAAGCUGGGGAUUCCCUGAUGCAAGUUAAAGAAGAGCCUCCAAACUCUUUGCUUGGGGAAUCUUCUGGAGUAGGAAAUUCUGGGAUGCUGAACACACAUUCCCUGAAUGGAGUAUUGCAGCCAGAACCAAAGUCUGAAAAAGGGAGCUUGUAUAACUUUUCUAAGCUGAAGAAAAGCAGAAAGUGGCUGAAGAGUAUCCUUCUGAGCGAUGACUCCAGUGACACAGAUUCACCAAGUGAUGAGGAUGGAGAGGAUGAAGAAGAGUUUUCUCUUUCAAGGGAGGAGCUUCACAAUAUGCUGCGAUUACACAAAUAUAAGAAACUACAUCAAAGUAAAUAUAGCAAAGACAAAGAGUUGCAGCAAUAUCAGUACUACAGUGCGGGAUUGCUGUCUACACAUGACCCUUACUAUGAGCAGCAGCGCCACCUGCUAGGGCCCAAGAAAAAGAAGUUUAAAGAGGAGAAAAAAUUAAAAGGCAAGUUGAAAAAAGUAAAGAAAAAGAGGAGACGGGAUGAAGAUCUCUCUUCAGAGGAGUCACCACGACGCCACCAUCACCAGACCAAAGUUUUUGCCAAGUUUUCUCAUGAUACACCACCACCUGGGUCCAAGAAAAAGCAUUUGACUAUUGAACAACUUAAUGCUCGUCGACGGAAAGUUUGGCUUAGCAUUGUUAAAAAAGAGUUGCCAAAGGCAUACAAACAAAAAGCCUCAGCACGCAACCUCUUCCUAACCAACAGCAAAAAGCUUGCCCAUCAGUGCAUGAGGGAGGUACGUCGAGCUGCUCUUCAGGCCCAGAAAAACUGUAAGGAAACUCUGCCACGGGCACGUCGUCUUACCAAGGAGAUGCUUCUCUACUGGAAAAAGUAUGAAAAAGUAGAAAAAGAACAUCGAAAAAGAGCUGAGAAAGAGGCUCUGGAGCAACGCAAGCUGGAUGAGGAGAUGAGAGAGGCUAAGAGGCAGCAGCGAAAACUUAACUUCCUGAUCACACAAACUGAAUUAUAUGCCCAUUUUAUGAGUCGUAAACGAGAUAUUGGACAUGAUGGAAUACAGGAAGAAAUCCUACGCAAACUGGAAGACAGCUCUACCCAAAGGCAAAUUGAUAUUGGCGGAGGAGUAGUGGUCAACAUCACCCAGGAAGAUUAUGAUAGUAACUAUUACAAGGCACAAGCUCUGAAGAAUGCUGAGGAUGCUUACCAGAUUCAUCAGGCCCGGACCAGAUCAUUUGAUGAAGAUGCAAAGGAAAGUCGGGCAGCUGCUUUACGGGCUGCUAACAAGUCUGGUACUGGCUUUGGAGAGAGCUACAGUUUAGCAAAUCCAUCUAUCCGUGCAGGGGAAGAUAUUCCGCAGCCUACAAUUUUCAAUGGGAAACUGAAAGGUUACCAACUGAAAGGCAUGAAUUGGCUGGCCAACCUAUAUGAGCAGGGUAUCAAUGGAAUCCUGGCGGAUGAAAUGGGUCUGGGUAAAACAGUGCAAAGUAUUGCUCUCCUUGCACAUCUGGCUGAGAGAGAGAACAUCUGGGGACCUUUUUUAAUAAUUUCACCUGCCUCUACUCUUAACAACUGGCACCAGGAGUUUGCCAGAUUUGUUCCUAAAUUCAAGGUGCUACCUUACUGGGGAAAUCCCCAUGACAGAAAGGUGAUCAGGAAGUUCUGGAGUCAGAAGACAUUGUACACUCAGGAUGCUCCUUUCCACGUGGUGAUUACCAGUUACCAACUGGUUGUACAGGACGUGAAGUAUUUCCAGCGAGUGAAGUGGCAAUAUAUGGUACUGGAUGAAGCACAAGCACUCAAGAGUAGCUCCAGUGUUCGCUGGAAGAUCCUACUACAGUUCCAGUGUCGAAAUAGAUUGUUAUUGACUGGGACCCCAAUCCAGAACACAAUGGCUGAGCUGUGGGCCCUGUUGCAUUUUAUCAUGCCAACUUUGUUUGAUUCCCAUGAAGAGUUCAAUGAGUGGUUUUCUAAGGACAUAGAGAGCCAUGCAGAGAACAAAUCCGCCAUUGAUGAGAACCAGCUAUCCCGCUUGCACAUGAUCCUGAAACCUUUCAUGCUGAGAAGAAUCAAGAAGGAUGUGGAAAAUGAACUCUCAGAUAAGAUUGAAAUUCUUAUGUACUGCCAGCAGACAAGUCGACAGAAGCUGUUGUAUCAAGCUCUGAAAAAUAAGAUCUCUAUUGAUGACCUCUUGCAGUCCUCAAUGGGCACUACUCAGCAAGCGCAGAACACCACUAGUAGUCUCAUGAAUCUAGUCAUGCAGUUCAGGAAGGUGUGCAAUCACCCAGAGCUGUUUGAGCGACAGGAAACUUGGUCUCCAUUUCACAUCUCGCUAAAGCCAUACCAGAUUUCAAAGUUCAUCUACCGUCAUGGACAGAUCAGGGUCUUCAACCACUCACGGGACAGGUGGUUACGGGUUUUACUUUCGCCAUUUGCACCAGACCACAUCCAGCAGUCUCUCUUCCAUAGGAAGGGCAUCAAUGAAGAAAGCUGUUUUUCUUUCCUCCGGUUUAUUGAUGUCUCUCCAGCAGAAAUGGCAAACCUCAUGAAUCAGGGACAUUUAGCCAGAUGGUUAGCUCUUUACCUGUCUCUGAAAGCCUCAUACAGGCUCCAUCACCUGCGUUCUUGGAUGGAUCCAGAAAGAGAGAAACAGCAGGGCUCACAUUGUCUAAAGAACAAGGAUUUCUUGCUUGAUGUAAAUUUCCCACUGUCUUUCCCUAACUUGCACAGCUGCACUUUGCUGCAGAACCUUGUGUUCAGUAGCCACUGUAAAGCAGUUACUGGCUAUUCAGAUCAUGUCAUACAUCGAAGGAGAUCAGCUACCUCAUGUGUACGGUGCUGCCAGGUGACUGAGCUGCCGUCCUUCCUGUGCAUAGCCAGCCCACGGGUAACAGCUGUGCCACUAGAGUUCUAUUGCAACGAUCGAAGCGCAGAAUAUGAGCGCAGGGCACUAAGGGAAGGAGGAAGUCUUGAAGCAAAGCAGUGUGUAGUCAAUGGAGCCCCUGAACUAGCAGCUGACUGGCUGAAGCAAUGCUCCCAGUUCUUCCCAGAAUAUCCAGGAGGACUGUUGGGAAUCAGGCCUCAGAACGGCUGGUCUUUUAUCAGGAUACCAGAUAAAGAGAGUCUGAUCACUGACAGUGGAAAACUUCAUGCUCUUGAUCUCCUGUUGACACGGCUGAAAUCUCAAGGACACAGAGUACUCAUCUACUCUCAGAUGACACGGAUGAUUGACUUGCUUGAGGAAUAUAUGGUAUAUAGGAAACAUACAUACAUGAGAUUGGAUGGUUCUUCAAAGAUUUCUGAACGAAGGGAUAUGGUAGCAGAUUUUCAGAACAGGAAUGAUAUUUUUGUGUUCCUGUUAAGCACAAGAGCUGGAGGCUUGGGCAUUAACCUUACAGCUGCAGAUACGGUCAUCUUCUAUGACAGUGAUUGGAACCCAACAGUAGACCAGCAAGCCAUGGACCGGGCACAUAGGCUGGGUCAAACAAAACAAGUCACUGUGUACCGGUUGAUAUGCAAAGGCACCAUUGAGGAACGUAUCUUACAAAGAGCUAAGGAGAAGAGUGAGAUCCAGCGAAUGGUGAUUUCAGGUGGCAAUUUCAAACCUGACACUUUGAAACCAAAAGAGGUGGUCAGCCUUCUACUGGAUGAUGAAGAACUAGAAAAGAAAUUGCGUCAGCGUCAAGAAGAGAAGCGACAGCAAGAAGAAACAAAUCGUGUGAAGGAACGUAAACGUAAAAGGGAAAAAUAUGCUGAAAAGAAGAAGAAGGAAGAUGAGUUGGAUGGGAAGAGAAAGAAAGAGGGCAUGAACCUCGUGAUCCCGUUUGUUCCCUCAGCUGAUAACUCCAACCUGUCUGCGGAUGGGGAUGACUCCUUCGUUAGUGUAGAUUCUGCCAUGCCCAGCCCUUUCAGUGAGAUAUCCAUCAGCAGUGAAUUACAUAUGGGCUCUAUUCCUCCCGAUGAGAGCAGCAGUGAUAUGCUUGUGAUUGUGGACGAUCCAGCUUCUUCAGCACCUCAGUCAAGGGCAACAAACUCUCCUGCUUCCAUUACUGGCUCUGUUUCAGAUACCAUGAAUGGGGUUUCAAUGCAAGAUACACCUCUCACUGGGAGAGGCCAGUCAGGUCGAAGCCGCGGUCGCCCUAAAGGAUCAGGUGGUGGAUCAAAAGGCACCGGGAAAGGCAGAAGCCGGAAAUCGAUAGCGGGAAGCGCGGCCGCAAUGGCAGGUGCCAAAGCAGGGGCAGCAGCAGCCUCUGCAGCGGCAUACGCAGCGUACGGGUACAAUGUCUCUAAAGGCAUGUCUGCAAGCAGCCCUCUACAAACAGCAAUUAUUCGGCCUUCUGGACUUGCAGAUUUUGGACCUUCAAGCGCCUCUUCUCCCUUGAGUUCCCCUUUGAGCAAAGGAAACAGUGUUUGUGGCACCCCCAAAAGCUUAAACCUGACCAGCAGUCUCAUAUCAGAAACUCCAAUUCGGAAGCAAAGCAAAGGUGCCCACACCUCAGGUGGUCGGUAGUAAUUUUGAACCCCCAAAGCUUGUCUGAACUGUGUUGGCUUUCAGAGUAGACCACCCUGCAAGGUGAAGGCAUGCAAAUGAAUGCCUUGUUGCUAUCAAGCACCUGUGUGAAAAGAAAAUCAAAGCACAAUGGGAACGGGUGGUUUAUGUGAGCACUUUGAUUAUGUGUAUCCCAAAAAUUAUCUUUGCAGACACUGCAAGAAGGAUGGAAGGGGUGUCUGGGGUAACUGAGGUGGUCGGAUGGUAUUUUAUUGACACAUCUGACAAAGAUUUCCCAAGAAAGCAUCCAGGUACUCCAUGCAAUAUCCCAGAGCUGUGUGCUUCAAGUCACAUGAGUGUACUCUCUUGUAGCUUGAAGUGGAACCCAGCUGUAGUUUUAUCCUAUGAAAUCAGUAUCUGAAUGCCAGGGCUCUCCUGUAGAGUCAGAAGACAUUUCUGUACUGGGAGCUGGUCAGCAUAUAUGCAGGGGUAGCUGGGGGCUAAGCUGGAUGAUGUGUAAUCAAAAGAUUAAUGGAUUCUUCUAGUGUGGGCCUCUGAGGUUUUUGUUUGGUUGAUUUUGUUUUGUUUUUUGAGAGUUUGAAAUGCAAAGGAAGGUAUCUCAGGUGGUUUCCAGGGAGUGGACUCUUUUCAGCACCAUUUGUUUAGAGCAGGUUCAGAGCCAAGGUGUGACAGGAGCUCUGGCAGGCCUGGUGAGGGUAACAGCGCUGCCUCUGCUUCCUGCAAUGAAAGAGGCUCCAAGCCACUGGCUUGAUCUGUGUUUCAGAGUUCUUGCCAGCUCUUGCUGUGUUAAGAAUGAUUUUUCUAAUUUUUGAUACGUGCUGAACUCUUAAAGGCUUAGAAACACAAUCAGGCUCUACUUGUGCAAAUCUCAAGAGCAGGGAAAUCUGCAGGGUCGAGGAAGAGUUUGCCGCUGUUCCUCUCAGCGUGCCAUAGCAGAGCGUGGCUCUGCAGCUAGCAGUGCUGCGAGGGGAGCAGUGAGAAACAGCACUGAGAGAACUGUGCCAUUCCCAUCUCCAGCCAAAUCCUGGGGAAAAAAAAAAAAAAAGUCUCAUAUCCCAACCAUCCAUUGACCAUUCUUCCAGUGUGUUUUCCCUUCAUCUCUGUGAUCAUCCCAUGUACUAGCUUGGUGGAGCUCCCUGUGGGUACCAGUAGCCGUCUCCUGUAAGGCUGAUAGAAGGCAGUGCUGCCAGUGCCCGUCUGUGUUCUCAUCUCCGAUUGCUCCUUCCCCUUUCUCAAUGCACAACCCCCUCUGUAGCCCCUUGCUUUGCUGUAAGCGUUGUCUGCAUUGCACUGAGAUUUAGGUGUGGGACAUUCUGUCUGACACACUGAAUUAAAAGGCUGUUCUGGGGCACUUUCAAUCCCUUGAGAGAAGCAAGUUAUGAGUUGCAGGUCUGGGCUGUGACAGCAAAAGAUGACUUUUUUAUUAUUAUAAUUUUUUUCCAACCCCAAAUCCUUUGCCUGGCGUCCUACAGUGUGGAGCAAGUGCUUCCUGUUGGCUCUGCCUCUAAUUUGCACACCUGAAAAUAGCAAAACUGAGCUUAGUUAGAUUGAUUUUUAAACAGAUUUGCAGGGGAUAAUUGAGGGGGGAGAUGGUGUUUAAUUAACUCAUGAAGACUUCCCCCUUCCCCUCGUAUUCACAUGUAUAUAUGAUAUUUAGAGGGAAUCAGACAAAUGCCAAGCCUUUUUUUCUCUUUGAAUGUGCUGUCUAUUUUUAUAACUGAACUUGUACAUAUGUAUAAAGAGAGACACAUCUUUCUUUUACUAACUGGAGAAGAAAAUCUUAAAUAAAAUGGAGUGAGAUAAUUUUAUGUAAA